GCCUUAACGAAAUCAAGGAUUAGGGUUUUGCUUAUCCCCUCUCGCCGCCUCCGCGGCGCUUGGUAAGAACCCUCCUCCAUUUGCGGAGACCGGUUGUUGCCCGAAGCCAUGAUCAUCCCGAAUAAGAACCGCCAUGAAAUCUGCAAAUACCUCUUCCAAGAGGGGGUGCUGUACGCGAAGAAGGACUAUAACCUCGCGAAGCACCCGGAGAUCGAUGUUCCGAACCUCCAGGUGAUCAAGCUCAUGCAGAGCUUCAAAUCGAGGGAGUAUGUGCGUGAGACCUUUGCCUGGCAGCACUACUACUGGUACCUUACGAAUGAUGGCAUUGAGUACCUGAGAACAUUUCUUAACCUGCCAUCGGAGAUUGUUCCUGCAACCCUGAAGAAGUCUUCAAGGCCACCACCGACCCGCCCAUUUGGCUCUGGUCCUCCUGGCGACCGCCCCAGGGGACCGCCCCGGUUUGAAGGAGAUAGGCCAAGGUUUGGAGACAGGGAUGGGUACCGAGGUGGCCCUCGCGCUGGGCCGCCUGGUGAAUUAGGGGACAAGGGUGGUGCACCUGCUGAGUUCCAACCAUCUUUCCGGGGUGCUGGUGGCAGGCCUGGAUUUGGCCGUGGAGGUGGAGGAUAUGGACCAGGUUACAACUUGUUAGCUGUUGGUGUGGCGAAUGCUGAGAUGGAAGGUCGGCUCGAGCUCACAGUGGUUUACGGUCAAAAUCUUGUUGCAAUAUGAGAGCCCUUCUUGAGACGCGAAUCUCGAGUUGGAGUCAACAUGCUUUCUCGUGCAACAAGGCCCAUGUCGGGUGUAGAGUGAGAGUCUAAGAAAUGGGUGUGCUACUUGCAAGCAUUGAGGGAAAAUGUUCCCUGAGUUGAAAAAUAUUUGGGCAUUCUGAUUCUUGCAAGCAUUGAGGGAAAAUGUUUCCUGAAUUGAAAAAUAUUUGGGCA